GGAAUGUGAACUCAAUGUUAUGGAAAACAAACGUGCAAUUGACUCCCCCACCGAAGAAUUCCACUCGAGAAUACAGUUUAUCUGUCGACCUUUCGAUCCAAGCACGACUAGAUUCUCUUUUGGAUUUCGCUCUAUCAAACUUUGAUUCCUCAGUGAACUAACAUCGUUCAGGCAGAAUCCGGUUUCGCAAGUUAUACUCUCCUUCUCUAGUUGUUCGGUAUUAUGCUCAUCUGUUAAGAGUCCUAUGAGUCGCAUAACUUAAUCUUGAACAAUACCGCGUCGUCACAGAACUCGGUCGUUCACUCCUAUAACAAAUAUAUAAUUCACCACCAUGCCGUCAACAGAGAUACAACACUCCGCCGAAAGCGUCGUUGCCGAAAGUAUAGAACAAUCUCCAUCAAGAACACCUGUCUAUUCUUCGAGUGCCCAUUUAAACCCGGAAUACGCGAAGCAAGAACAUCCACAUGAGGGAAUCCAGCCGGGUCCACCAACAAUUCUGGAAGAUGAGUCUAGUAAAACCCGGGAUCCGGAGAAAUCAGGCGCGACUACCCAGGCUGCGCCAGCUAAAGCCCCAGAUGCCUCCCCGGAUGGUGGCCUCAAGGCAUGGAUGGUAGUGCUCGGUGCCUUCUGUGGGUUGUUUGUCAGUUUUGGGUGGAUCAACUGUAUUGGUGUCUUCUUAGACUACUAUAAAACCCAUCAGCUACAGGACUUGCCGACCAGCACCGUAACGUGGAUCACUUCAUUGGAGAUCUUCAUGAUGUUUUUCGGGGGUCCCAUCGUAGGAGUAUUCUUUGACAAUUUCGGUCCCCGCUGGAUUCUGAUAGCUGGCACAUUCUUCCACGUCUUUGGGCUAAUGAUGGUAUCCAUAUCAAAGGAAUAUUACCAAUUCAUUCUCGCGCAAGGUGUCUGCAGCCCUAUCGGAACAAGUGCCAUCUUCCACGGCUGUCUCACCUCCGUGAGCACCUGGUUUCGGCGACGUCGUGCCCUGGCCCUAGGUGUCACAACUUGCGGCUCAAGCGUCGGAGGAGUAAUCUUCCCUAUCAUGGUAGCUCGACUCAUCCCCAUAGUAGGAUUUGGCUGGACCAUGAGAAUCUGCGGAUUCCUCGGUCUAGGGCUCCUGGUUAUUGCCAACCUCACGGUGCAAUCGAGACUACAACAUCACCGGAAACCAUUUCGACCAUUGGAUUUUGUUCGUCCACUCCGUGAACUGCCUUUCGUGCUUACCACGGCUGGGACCUUCUUUGUAUACUGGGGCUUGUUUUUGCCGUUCGCUUUCAUCCCAACUCAAGCCGAGCGGUACGGCAUGUCGGCCUAUAUGGCGUCAUACUUAAUCCCGAUUCUUAACGCAGCCAGUAUUCUCGGCCGUCUCGUACCACCUUAUUUGGCCGAUCUUUUCGGCAGGUUCAACCUAAUGAUGUUAACAUCCCUGUUCUCAGUCAUUAUCGUUCUCGCGCUGUGGCUUCCAUCACGAAGCAAUGCCCCUGCCAUCGUGUUUACGUCUCUUUACGGUUUCAGCUCCGGUGCUGCCGUCUCCCUUGCGCCAGCGCUGGUCGCUCAGAUCUCGGACCUGCGCGAGAUUGGAGUUCGUAGUGGAACGUAUUUCUGCAUUGUAUCUUUUGCUGCUUUAACCGGUAUGCCGAUUGCCGGUGCUCUGUUGCCUGACCCCUUACAUGGGUCGUAUUUGAAGUUGGAGAUUUUCUGUGGUGUGGUUAUGUUCGGUGGAGUUGUGUUUUAUCUCUUAGCUAGGGGAACAAUUAGCGGUUGGGGGCUUAUGCAUAAAGUCUAAGAAGUUAGUGGUGGGCAUUGUUUGGGGGUCUGGUAUAUACGUUUUAAUCAAGGUAUUGUAAUGUUUGUGGGUUGGUGAGUCUAUGAUGCAGAAAAUCAUGAGGGUAAUGAAUGGUAUUCUGAUAAGA